AUGGCGACCAUGUCCUUCUUCGAACAGCUGCAACGCGUUCACCGCCACAAUGUCACGACGCUGCGCCAAUCCCCAGUGGCCGAGAUCUCAGGCGCCUUGGGAGAUCUCGGCACCCUGCUGCCCUUGAUGAUCGCGCUCGCCAUCCAGGAGGACAUUUGCCUGGACAGCACCCUGGUCUUCUCGGGACUCUUUAACGUGGCCACAGGUGUCAUCUUCGGCAUCCCGCUCCCUGUUCAACCUAUGAAGGCCAUCGCCGCUGCAGCCAUCGCCCGACCGAACACCGGUUUUGAGGAUGUGAUCUAUGCAGGGCAAUGGGUUGGCCUCGCCGUUCUCUUGAUGAGCUUGACCGGCUUCCUCCAGCGAUUCAGCGCCGUGGUGCCCAUACCCAUAGUCAAGGGCAUUCAGUUGGGCGCCGGUCUCUCUCUUGUCAUGGCAGCUGGCUCCAAAAUAGCGGGUUCCCAUGAUAGAACCCCUCUUCUGGAUUAUGCCGCCUUCGUGGCGCUCGUCGCUACACAGACUAUGCCGCGAUUUCCAUACGCCCUGUGUAUGUUCAUGCUGUGCGUCGCAAUGGCCCUGGCUUCGGUCGUCCAUUCGGGGGGCUGGGCAGCUUUGCCAGGUCUGCGACUCUGGGAACCUCGUUACGUUCUCGGGUUUUAUGACCCUACCAGGUCAACAGAGGCCAUGGCCAUGGCCCUCGGCCAACUGCCCUUGACCACCCUCAACUCGGUCAUUGCCGUCAGCGCUCUUGCGACCGAUCUGCUGCCGAAUAUGCCUACACCUUCCGUCACGUCCAUGGGCAUAAGCGUGGGUCUCAUGAAUCUGACGGGCAGCUGGUUUGGGGCCAUGCCUGUCUGUCACGGCGCUGGUGGACUAGCGGCUCAAUACAGAUUCGGGGCCCGCAGCGGUGCCAGCGUCGUCAUGCUAGGUCUGUUCAAGCUGUUACUUGGACUCUUCUUCGGUCGCAGUCUCAUCAACCUGCUGGCUGAGUACCCUCAGAGUCUUCUUGGCAUCAUGGUCAUCGCAGCUGGGCUGGAGCUUGUCAAGGUCGGGUAUUCGCUCAAUCAUGGGGCGCCGGAUCUCUGGGAGAACUCGAUACAGCAAUCUCAAGAAGGACCGACUGUGGUGAGAAGGCAUCGCGACAUCACAGAUGAGGAGAGAACGGAGAGAUGGACAGUCAUGAUGAUGACUACAGCGGGCAUAAUAGCGUUUCGCAAUGAUGCCAUUGGUUUUGUAAUGGGUCUCGUAUGCCACAUGGCGUAUCGGGUGGCGGAAAGGCUACCGCGAUGGUAUCAUGCCAGGCGAUCCAGUCUCUUCUCUGGUGCAGGAGAGCAUACCCCUUUGCUCAGAUAA